UGAGGAAUGGUGCGCUGAGGUCCCUCUGGAGCCCCUCGUCCCGGCCUGGAGCUGGAGCAGCCCAAGGCCCAGGCCAGCAUGGCCCACCCCGGGCAGCCUCAGUUUUCCCCGGCGCAGGAGCCAGGCACCGUCUCACUCCUGGACCUGCCGGAGAUGGAGAAACUCCUCACCAAGGUCGGGGGCCAGGAUGACAAGCCCCUGAAGCUGUCCAAGUCCCCCUCGGGGGCUCUGGACCUGGAGCAGGGCUGCCACAGUCUGCCCUUCAAGGUGGUAUCCGAGGGGCACCGGGAGGCCUCGCUCCCCCAGGCAUCCUCCCGGGCCAGCUCGAGGCGGGCAUCCUCCAUUGCCACCACCUCCUAUACCCAGGACAGAGAAGUUCCCAAAGAUUACCUCGUCCUUGCCAUCACCUCCUGCUUCUGCCCCAUCUGGCCCCUCAACCUCAUCCCCCUCAUCUUUUCCAUUAUGUCUCGAAGUAGCGUGCAGCAGGGAGACCUGGACGGGGCCCGGAGGCUGGGCCGCCUCGCCGGGAUGCUCAGCGUCACCUUCAUCAUCAUGGGGGUCGUCAUCAUCAUCGUGGCUGUGACUGUCAACUUUGCAGUUCAGAAGAAAUAGAACUAACUAGGGGGCUGUGCUAGC